UAGAACAUCAGCACCAACAAGCUCCGGAGCAUCAUCGCUCUCUGGAAAGCCUUCGGAAUUAGACAAGAGCUGCCUCUCAGCACAGCUACAAAACACUUUCGACCUGCCCAGCCGAAUGGAUAAAGCGAGCCUGCAUAGCUUUUAAAGCGGGCUCUGGCACGGCGCGGGAGGCCCGCGGGCUCCGGGGGCCGGGAAGCUGGAGGAUGGAUGGCCGUGUCUGGGAAUGGCAAAAGGCAGCAGAAUGAGGCAUUCGAGGGAACUUUGUGGGGGGUUUGUGGCAUGCACGCUGGAUGCUGGUGAUGUGAGUGGCAGCCGGGCUGUGCCAUGAAGAUUCUGAUGGUUUAAAGAAAAGAAACCAGUUUGAAAAAGAGAGAGAGAGAGAGAGGCGAAGGGGAAGCGAAAAAAAGGGAGAGAGAGAAGAAAACAGCUGGAGGAAGGAAAAAGAGGACGUUAUUGAUGACAAAAGGAUGGGUUUCCAUUUAAUUAAGCAGCUGAGAGGCACGAGCGCGCUCCUGGUGCUGCUGCUUCCCCUGGUGCUGCUCGCCGUGCUCGCGGGGGCUCAGCGAGCCUGCCCCAAGAACUGCCGAUGCGACGGCAAGAUCGUGUACUGCGAGUCCCACGCCUUCCGAGACAUCCCCCACAACAUCUCCGGGGGCUCCCAGGGCUUAUCCCUGCGCUACAACAGCAUCCAGAAGCUCAAAUCCCAUCAGUUUGCGGGCCUCAAUCAGCUCAUAUGGCUUUAUCUUGACCAUAAUUACAUCAGCUCCGUGGACGAGGACGCGUUCCAGGGGAUCCGCCGGCUGAAGGAAUUAAUCCUGAGCUCCAACAAAAUCACCCUCCUGCACAACAAGACCUUCCACCCCGUGCCCAACCUGCGCAACCUGGACCUGUCUUACAACAAGCUGCAGGUGCUGCAGGCCGAGCAGUUCAAGGGCCUGCGGAAGCUCCUGAUCCUGCACCUGAGGUCCAACUCGCUGAAGACGGUGCCCAUCCGGGUGUUCCAGGACUGCCGGAACCUCGACUUCCUGGAUUUGGGCUACAACCGCCUGCGGAGCUUGUCCCGGAACGCCUUCGCCGGCCUGCUGAAGCUGACGGAGCUCCACUUGGAGCACAACCAGUUUUCUAAGAUCAAUUUUGCCCACUUCCCACGCCUCUUCAACCUGCGCUCCAUUUACUUGCAGUGGAAUAGGAUCCGCUCCAUCAGCCAGGGGUUGACAUGGACUUGGAGUUCCUUGCACAACUUGGAUUUAUCGGGAAAUGACAUCGCGGGGGUAGAGCCUGGGACCUUCCAGUGCCUCCCCAACCUGCAGAAGCUGAACCUGGAUUCCAACAAACUCACCAACAUCUCCCAGGAGACCAUCAACACGUGGAUCUCGCUCAUCUCCAUCACUCUGUCCGGAAAUAUGUGGGAAUGUACUCGGAGCAUUUGCCCUCUUUUUAAUUGGCUUAAGAAUUUCAAGGGGAAUAAGGAGAGCACCAUGAUCUGUGCAGGCCCCAAGCACAUCCAGGGCGAGAAGGUGAGCGACGCCGUGGAGACCUACGACAUCUGCGCCGAGGUCCAGGUGGUGGCCACUGAGAGGUCCUACCAGGUGCCCAAAACCCCCCCGAGACCCGUGUUCAUCCCCAAACCCACCGUCUCCAAACUGGAAAGCCAUCAGCCGAGCUCCGCGACGCCGAGCCCUUCCGCCGACAUCCCGACCCCGGGCGUGGAGCCGGAGUACGAGCACGUGUCCUUCCACAAGAUCAUCGCGGGGAGCGUGGCCCUCUUCCUCUCCGUGGCCAUGAUCCUGCUGGUGAUCUACGUGUCCUGGAAGCGUUACCCCGCCAGCAUGAAGCAGCUCCAGCAGCACACGCUCAUGAAGAGGCGCAGGAAAAAGGCCAGGGAGUCUGAGAGGCAAAUGAACUCCCCUUUGCAGGAGUAUUACGUGGACUACAAGCCAACAAACUCUGAGACCAUGGAUGUAUCGGUUAAUGGAUCUGGGCCCUGCACUUAUACCAUCUCUGGCUCCAGGGAAUGCGAGGUAUGAACCAUGAUCCUCCUAAAACCAUUUCAGCUGCUGGGAAGGAGAGGUAAAUGUUUGAC